AUGACAGCACACCAAAAUGGCACCCUCUCCACUGAAGCUUCAGACUUCCUCUUGAAUUGUUUUGUCACAUCCCCCAGCUGGCAGCAAUGGCUGUCCUUGCCCCUCAGCCUCCUCUUCCUCUUGGCCAUGGGGGCCAAUGUCACCCUCCUGAUCACCAUCUGGCUGGAGGUCUCUCUGCACCAGCCCCUGUACUAUCUGCUCAGCCUUCUGUCCCUGCUGGACAUCGUGCUCUGCCUCACCGUCAUCCCCAAGGUCCUGGCCAUCUUCUGGUUUGACCUCAGGCACAUCAGUUUCCCUGCCUGCUUCCUCAAGAUGUACAUCAUGAAUUGUUUCCUGGCCAUGGAGUCCUGCACAUUCAUGCUCAUGGCUUAUGAUCGUUAUGUAGCCAUCUGCCACCCACUGAGAUAUCCAUCAAUCAUCACUGAUCAAUUUGUAGUCAAGGCUGCCAUGUUUAUUUUGACCAGAAAUGUGCUUAUGACUCUGCCCAUUCCCAUCCUCUCAGCACAACUCUGUUAUUGUGGGAGAAAUGUCAUUGAGAACUGCAUCUGUGCCAAUAUGUCUGUUUCCAGACUCUCCUGUGAUGAUGUCACCAUCAAUCGCCUCUACCAAUUUGCUGUAGGCUGGACUCUGCUAGGGUGUGACCUCAUCCUCAUCUUCCUCUCCUACAUCCUCAUUCUGAGAGCUGUGCUGAGACUCAAGGCAGAGGGUGCUGUGGCAAAGGCCCUAAGCACAUGUGGCUCCCACUUUAUUCUCAUCCUAUUCUUCAGCACCAUCCUUCUGGUUUUUGUCCUCACACACGUGGCUAAGAAGAAAGUCUCCCCUGAUGUGCCAGUCUUGCUCAAUGUUCUCCACCAUGUCAUCCCUGCAGCCCUUAACCCCAUUGUUUAUGGAGUGAGAACCCAAGAGAUCAAGCAAGGAAUCCAGAGGCUGUUGAAGAAAGGGUGCUAAC